AUGUCCACUGUCAUCUCCGUGCCCAAGAUGUCCACUGUCAUCCCCGUGACCAAGAUGUCCACUGUCAUCCCUGUGCCCAAGAAAGGGAAGUUCAAGCUGAAAUGGUCAAACCACACGGACACCAUACUGAAGAAGGAACGACAGCAACUCUUUAACCUCAGGAGGCUGAAGAAAUUUGGCCUGUCCAAGAGGGCCCUGUUCUACAGGUGCACCAUCGAGAUUCUAGGCCCAGUUGGUUCUGUUUCAACCUCUGAUAUCCAUCAAAAUGUGUGUAAGACCUUUGGCAGUGGAGUCGUCCAGAUGUUCAACGGAACCAUAUUCUACGUCCACUCCACCUGUCCGUUCACGCUGACACGUUUUACUCACAACCGGGUGGACUGUGACAUCACCGUGCGUCGAGGUGAAAACGGCCUGCUGGAAUAUGUCGAGAUCAACGUCAACAAGAUCCAGACCCGGAUUCUGUACAAUGGAACCAUCUUCGUCGAGCAGAGAAUGGUGUCCCUUCCCUACGACCACACCUAUCAACAUGUGUUCCAGUACGGUACCAACACCAAGCUGAGGAGCACUGUUCUACCUCUGUCUGUCAUCUGGAGCAGUGUGGGCGUGGGCAUCGACUCUCUCUGGGUGAAACUGGAGCAGGAGCUAGUCCCUGGAAUGACUGGACUCUGUGGACGACCAGAUAUACCAGAUGACCGUCAGCAAUUGAUUGCAGAGAGUGUUCAUUCAGAGGACGGGUGCCAGACCAUGGACUCCCUCCGCACUAAGAGCACGGUCUGUCAGACGUUCCUCUCCAGCUACAUUGAAUGUCUGCACCCUAACACAAGCAAAUACAUAACUCUUUGUCAAGAGAAUAUUUACGGAUAUGAAAAAGAGCUUUAUGUAGGAUGUGCGUUCUACAAAGAAAUUGCCCAUCGGUGUCAGACCAGCCAUGCUUGGAGGACCUUGACACAAUGUCCUGAGUUCAGUUGCCCAGGAGAACUACACUUUGAGGAGCAGGGUGAUGCGUUUGUUCCCACCUGUUCCAACCCAGCACCUAGAACCAAUGAUCAGGACAUCACCAGCACCUGUGUCUGCCCCCAAGGACAGGUAUUGAACGAUCGAGCAGAGGGCCAUUACUGUGUAAGUGAGUCAGCCUGCCCGUGUGUGUACGCCGGGAGGAACUAUGCACCAAGGGAAGAACGCAGAACUAAAUGCCAGACCUGUAUGUGCAACAAUGGCAAGUGGUUAUGCUCUCAGAACAGCUGCCCUAGCAGGUGUGUGAUUGAAGGGCAGUUUGUGACCACGUUCGAUGGGAAACAGUAUACCCUUCCCGGUAAAUGCGCAUACAUGGCCUCGAAGGGUUUUAAUUGGACGAUAACCAUACAUUUUUCUGAGACGACGUCCUCCAUCCAAUACGUGUUUCUUCAGAUUUACCAGAAUACCUACAGAUUCUCUCACAACAGUGUACAGUUUGAGAAAGAAGAAAUCCAAGAGCUACAUCAGUCAGACAACGCCAUGGUGUUCUGGCAGUCAUCCAUGUAUGUCCAGGUAUUGACAUCCUUUGGCAUGAAGAUCCAAGUACAGACGUCUCCAGACCUCCAGCUCUAUAUCACACUACCACAGAGUGAAGUAGGGAAGCCAGAAGGACUUUGUGGAAACUACAAUACCGAUACCACUGAUGAUUUCACCACAAGCAGUGGUAUCGUAGAAAAUGCAGCGGAACCGUUUGCGCUGUCCUGGAGUGUAGGAGACUGUCCUGUUAACAUACCUAAAGUCUGUAUCAACACCGACAACGAAAUAUUUGCAGACGAGAAGUGUCACACCUUGAGAGACUCCGGUGGGAUUUUCGCCAAGUGCUACGAUCACGUGCCUACUGACAAUUACCACAAGGCUUGUAUCCAGAGAACGUGUACCUGUGGAACUGGGCUGUGGCAGUGUUUGUGUGUGGCCCUGGGAAAUUAUGCCAAAGCCUGUGCCAACCAGGGCAUCACAGUGGGUGACUGGAGAAGGGCCACCAACUGCACGGUACCGUGUGAGAACAAUCAGAGGUUUGACUACGAAAUGCAGGCGUGCAACAGCACCUGUCUCUCCCUAUCCCGGCCAGACCCCAGGUGUGGGGUGGAGGAUGCACCUGUGGAGGGCUGUGGCUGCAUGGAGGGCACUCAUCUGACCGGGGGGCUCACCUGUACCCCGAAGGCCCAGUGUCCAUGUCACCAUCAGAGAGGAGUCACACCACCAGGACCUGUUGCCAUCGAUGGACGACAGUGCAAAUGUGAGGAUGGAGAAUUGCGGUGCUCUGAAGAUUGUGGUUGCACCCAGGGGAAGCUUUGUGUGCAUUGCUCACAAUUUGCCAUAGACACAGCUCAAAAAACAUGUGCCAGUCUGAGCAAACCAAUAAGUGCUGUUCAGAAUUGUACAAGUGGCUGUUACUGUCCAGGGGGCCAGUUGGAAGACCAUAGGGGUGUGUGUGUCACUGUGGACAACUGCACUUGUCAGUACAGCGGCAAAGUGUUCAAAGCAGGACAGAGUGUCAAGACCAACUGUAGAACAUGCACCUGCCACCAUGCCCAGUGGAGCUGUGUAGAUGAACCAUGCCCUGGUACAUGCCUGGUGUAUGGAAACGGACACUAUCAAACCUUUGACUCUAAAUGGUACCGCUACGAUGGGAACUGUCAGUACACAUUAGUGGAGGAUGGCUGUGGUAGGGAAGCUGGGUCGUUUUCUGUCAAAGUGGAGAGUGUCCCGUGCUGUGACGAGGCUCUGACCUGUUCCCGGACCAUCGUGUUAGACCUGCUGGGUAAUGUCACUCUGACUCUGAAUGAAAUGAAGGUGACGAGACGGCUCCAAGGGGGAUGGGCUUCUCUGGAGGCGGAGCCUCUGUACUCCACCCACACUGUGGGCCUCUACAUCAUGAUCUCAGUGCCUUCUAGAGGACUAACCCUCAUCUGGGACAAACACACCCAACUUACCGUCAUACUGGACGACCGUUGGAGGAACCGUGUGUGUGGACUUUGCGGGAACUUCGAUUCCAACGAGAUGAACGACCUGCAGAUAAGUGGGUCAUCGGUGGUGUCCAGCCCCCUCGCCUUCGGCAACAGCUGGAAGAUGGCCACCCCCCCCUGCUCUGACGUGACCAAUGAGGUGUUUCCGUGCCAGCGCCACUCUUACUGCUCCGCCUGGGCCGAGAGACGCUGUAUGAUCCUCAGGGGAGACACCUUUAAGGACUGCCACUUGAAGGUGGACCCAGAGCCCUACUACCAGGCCUGUGUGUUGGAGUCGUGCUCCUGUGAGUUUGAGGGGAAGUUCUUGGGUUUCUGUACGUCCGUGGCGGCCUACGCUGAGGCCUGCAGUGACCAGGACGUGUGUGUCCGCUGGAGAACGCCAGACAUGUGCCCGGUAUACUGCGACUACUACAAUGAGCAGGGCCACAGUAGCUGGCACUACGAUCCCUGUGGACAGAUAAAGACCUGUGGCAAAAACAACCUCUUCACUGGCAAGCUGGAAGGCUGCUACCCGAGAUGCCCAGCAGAGGCUCCAUACUAUGAUGAGAACAGAAGGAGUUGCUCCACUUUGGACAACUGCACCUGUUAUUCCAAUGAGACUACUGUUGAACCUGGUACAGUUAUCAGGAAACCCACUGAGAAAUGCACUUGUGAACAGGGACGUAUUAACUGUGGUCCUGAUCAAACCACCACAUCUGAACCUACAACCACAGCUACACAAUCAACUACAAGGAGAACUCCACCUGAACCUACAACAACUAUACUGACUACUACACCUGAACCUACAACCACACCUAAACAACCCACUACUACACCUACAACCACACCUAAACAACCUACUACUACAUAUGAACCUACAACCACAGCUACACAAUCAACUACAAUGAGAACUACACCUGAAGCUAUAACAACUAUACUGACUACUACACCUGAACCUACAACCACACCUAAACAACCUACUACUACAUAUGAACCUACAACCACAGCUACACAAUCAACUACAAUGAGAACUACACCUGAAGCUAUAACAACUAUACUGACUACUACACCUGAACCUACAACCACACCUAAACAACCUACUACUACAUAUGAACCUACAACCACAGCUACACAAUCAACUACAAUGAGAACUACACCUGAAGCUAUAACAACUAUACUGACUACUACACCUGAACCUACAACCACACCUAAACAACCUACUACUACAUAUGAACCUACAACCACAGCUACACAAUCAACUACAAUGAGAACUACACCUGAAGCUACAACAACUAUACUGACUACUCCACCUGAACCUACAACCACACCUAAACAACCUACUACUACAUAUGAACCUACAACCACAGCUACACAAUCAACUACAAUGAGAACUACACCUGAAGCUAUAACAACUAUACUGACUACUACACCUGAACCUACAACCACACCUAAACAACCUACUACUACAUAUGAACCUACAACCACAGCUACACAAUCCACUACAAUGAGAACUACACCUGAAGCUACAACAACUAUACUGACUACUACACCUGAACCUACAACCACACCUAAACAACCUACUACUACAUAUGAACCUACAACCACAGCUACACAAUCAACUACAAUGAGAACUACACCUGAAGCUAUAACAACUAUACUGACUACUCCACCUGAACCUACAACCACACCUAAACAACCUACUACUACAUAUGAACCUACAACCACAGCUACACAAUCAACUACAAUGAGAACUACACCUGAAGCUACAACAACUAUACUGACUACUACACCUGAACCUACAACCACACCUAAACAACCUACUACUACAUAUGAACCUACAACCACAGCUACACAAUCAACUACAAUGAGAACUACACCUGAAGCUACAACAACUAUACUGACUACUACACCUGAACCUACAACCACACCUAAACAACCUACUACUACAUAUGAACCUACAACCACAGCUACACAAUCAACUACAAUGAGAACUACACCUGAAGCUACAACAACUAUACUGACUACUACACCUGAACCUACAACCACACCUAAACAACCUACUACUACAUAUGAACCUACAACCACAGCUACACAAUCAACUACAAUGAGAACUACACCUGAAGCAACAACAACUAUACUGACUACUACACCUGAAUAUACAACCACACCUAAACAACCUACUGCUGCAUCUGAACCUACAACCACAGCUACACAAUCAACUACAAUGAUAACUACACCUGAAGCUACAACAACUAUACUGACUACUACACCUGAAUAUACAACCACACCUACACAACCGACUACAACAAGAACUACACCUGUACUUACGUCAACUAUAUUGACUAUUACACCUGCAUCUACAACUGCCCCUACACAACCCACUGUACUAUUGAUUACAACACCUGAAUAUACAACCACACUUCAACAACCCACUACAACACCUGAACCUACAACCUCACCUAAACAACCCACAACAACAAGAACCACACCUGAAUAUACAACCACACUAUUCCCAUCGAUAGUUACAGGACCUACAAAUAUUCAACAUAGUACAGGAGCUAUGGUUGUGUUGAGUACUACAGCCGGACAAACCACUACUGCAGAAGCAACUACAGCAUACAUUGAAACUACAACUAAAUUAGCAUCUACACAACCCACAACUACAUUCUCAUAUUCUACAACCAAAUAUGUUGAACCAACAUCUACAACCGAACCAACUUCUUCACAUACUGAAAUGACAACCAAACCAACUCAUUUUACUGAAAUGACAACCAAACCAACAUCUGAAGGACCAUCGACUGAAGCUACAACCCUGUACACAAGUCAACCAACAACCUCCUCUACACGAUCUCCCACUACCUCUGAAUCGACAACAUCUACGGGUCCAACAACAUUGUCAACAACAAUAUCUACAGAGUCUACAACACGUACAAUUUGUGAGUGUAGAGACCUGAAGAGGAACAAGAUAUGGGUGUGUGGAGAGAAGUGGACAGAAGACUGCUUCAAUAAGAUUUGUAAGGGUGGGAAGAUAGAGAUGACUUCGGUCACCUGUCCGAAUCCAGUUCGCCCCACCAUGUGCCCCAGGGGACAGAUGGUCAGAGUCUCAGACGGAUGCUGUAACUACUGGAAGUGUAAUUGUCAUUGUAACCUCUAUGGAGACCCUCACUACAUCUCCUUCCAGGGUGUGACCUUUGACUUCCUGGAUAAUUGUACAUACAUCCUGGUCAAGGAGAAAACGCUGCGUCACCAUCUGACUGUUACCGUGGACAACUACUUCUGUAUUCCCGAGUUGGACGGCUCCUGUGCCAAAGGCAUCAUCCUGCAGUACCGGAACAACACGGCCACUGUCAGCAUCGUACCGGAUGAGUACAGGGUGAAGUCUACUCUGAACCAGAAGAACGUUGAGCCUCCCUAUGAGGAGAAUGGUAUCAGGUUUGAGACGACAGGCUAUAUGGUGUCUGUAUACAUCCCUGAGAUACGCUCACAUAUCUCUCUCACACCAUCCAACACUGUGACUGUCACCUUGGCCAUGGAGCAUUUCCUGAAUAACACCCAAGGACAAUGCGGUGUGUGCGGUGGGAGCUCUUGUGUGCGUAGAAGUGGGGAGACAGAAGCUGACAGCUGCUGUGAUAAGACCGCCUAUGACUGGAUCUAUGAGGACCCUCUGAAGCCUGAGUGUAGCGCUGCUCCCAGGGACAUCCCUUGCCAUCCUCCAGGCCCUCCUCCAAACAAUACUACCAGCUGUCCUGGCAGCCCCCUCUGUGACCUUCUCCAUCACCCAGUUUUUGCAGAUUGCAGUAGAUGGGUGGAUCUGAGCCAGCUUGAGAAGAACUGUAGGUUUGAUUCGUGUGGUAGGAACGACAUGGCUUGUUCUCCUCUGGAGCAGGCUGCUGAGGAGUGUAAGAGAGCAGGCAUCUGUGUGAACUGGAGACAACUCACCAACUGGACCUGUGCUAUUGGGUGCCCAACAGGGAUGGUGUACAGAGAGUGCCAAGGUCAAUUGGAUGACUACUGUCACGGAGGAGUCCGCGUUCAAGGGAGAGUACAGGAGGAAGUUACGGCUGGAUGUUUCUGUCUCAGAGGACAGUUCAGAGCUGAGGAGCACAAGAUGAUCUGUGUGUCGGAGUGUCCCUACUGCAAGGGUCCACUGGGAGAACACAAGCAGCUUGGGGAGACAUGGCAGUCCAACUGCCAGGUGUGUACGUGUAGCAACCAAACCAAGACCGAGGAGUGUCAACCUAACCCCUCCCCUCCCCCCCCACCUCUCUGCAGUCAGAACUCAGUCCUGGUUACCGGCUGCUGUGGCAAACAGACUUGUGUUGAGAAGACGUGUAACUAUAAUGGAAGGAUCUACAAAGUGGGAGACAGAUGGACAGACCUUGCCCUGCCUUGUGAGUCCUAUAGCUGUACCAGAGAAGGCAUUCAGACAGUGAGAAGGGUGUGUCCCCAUCAGAACUGCUCAGAGGAGGACAGAGUAUGGGACGAACAACAUUGCUGCUACACAUGUAACCAGACCUGUGCUACCAGGGUUUCUAGUGUGAACAUCACUGUAGACAACUGCACAGCAACACUACAGCUGCCCAUGUGCCAAGGCCAGUGUGGGACAGAGACAAGAUGGAUUGUUGCUCGCAGUGUUCUCCAACUGGAACAGAAGUGUGAGUGUUGCAGAGUGAGGAGUUAUGAGAGGAAGUCAAUGAAUCUGACCUGUACUGGGGGCUCCGUUAUGCCACACCUGUAUGCACAUGUUACCAGCUGCGAGUGCCAGAAGUGCAGUAUAUUGCAGUAAACAUUGCCUUGUAUUCUGAACGUAUAUACAUGCACACAAACCAAAGAAAAUCUAUAUUGAACUUAUUAUUAUUAAGAUGGUGAAAAUGUGCCAAAUCAAUGGUUUUUCUAGAUUCUGCAACCUUCUUAUAAUACUGUCUUGGUCGGUGUGUUGAGGGUAUACUGUACGGUACGUGCAGAACAACAGCUUAAUGUUUCCUUGGUGUAAUAGGUUUUUCUAUAUUGCAUAUACUCUGUUCCAGUGCAGGAAGUGGACCAUUGUAUGUAGCAUAUCGUUGAUUGCGUAUGUAUUCCAUAGAUUUCACAUAGGAAAUCUUCUAAUGAUCAACCCAGCACUUUUAGCACUUUUACAGCUAAAUGACUGCAGCUCCAAUUUGAAAGUGAUUUUCUCAUUUUAUUGAAAUGUUUAUUUCAAGAACUGUAACCACUUUGAUUUUGCUGAUUUAUUUUCAAUAAAGUACUGAAGCCUCUACAUUGAACAACCA